AUGGCACCUUACGAGGCACUGUAUGGUCGUAAGUGUCGCACUCCUUUAUGUUGGACUCAGUUGGGCAAGAGACGUGUUCUGGGUCUUGAGUUGGUCUCCGAGACUGAAGAUAAGGUUCGAUUGAUUAGGGAUAGACUGAAGGCAGCUUUUGAUAGGCAGAAGCCUUACGCUGAUCUGAAGAGACGUGAGAUCGAGUAUUUUAUGGAAGACUUCGUGGUUUUGAAGGUCUCACUAUGGAAGAAGGUUCUGAGGUUCGGUUGCAAGGGAAAGUUGAGCCCUAGGUUUAUUGGGUCGUAUCGGAUUCUGAAACGAGUGGGACCGGUUGCUUAUCAGUUGGAGUUACUUCCAGAGUUAGACCGCAUUCAUGAUGUGUUUCACAUCUCGAUGUUGAGGCACUACCGCUCUGAUCUCACGCAAAUCGUCUCUGUUGAGGAAAUUGAGGUUGGACCAGAUCUGACCUUCGAGGAGGAGCCAGUUCAGAUUCUGGAUCGUGAUAUAAAGGUCAUUAGGAAGAAAUCCAUUCCUUUGGUGAAAGUGCUGUGGCGGAAUCAUAUCACUGAGAAGGCUAUAUGGGAGCUUGAGGAUGCGAUGCUGGUUUAUCAUGUUGGUUCAGUAAGUGAUGCUUCCUCUUAG